AAAAAUUUACUUUUGUACAAAUCUCCCGUUAAAGCAAUAUAUACUACAAAAAGUAUUUUUUUCGUUUUCCUUCAUUUUUUAUUUAAACAUAUUUAACAUAUUCGAUAAAAAUAAAUUUGGUAUUCAUACAGUUUUGGAAAGAAUUGGCUGCUAUAGAAUUGGCUGUUUGUUUUUUCGGCAGUUAUGGAACGUAGUAUCAACUUUUGAUUUUAUUUUGGAAACCAAACGAAUGUGGAAAUUAAAUAUCCAUAAAUUCCCAAAUAAUGUCAAGUGAAGAGUUACUUUAUGCAAAGGGAUGCAAAGUGUGGCUACCGCAUCCGGACACAGUAUGGCAAAGUGCAUUGUUAGAAGAAAAUUACCAGCUGGGCAAAACAAGCCUUAAAGUACAAUUAGAAGAUGGAAAAAACCUUGAAGUACCUGUAAAAGUAGAUGGAAGCAAUUUACCUCCACUACGAAAUCCUGCCAUUCUUAUUGGACAAAAUGAUCUAACAUCGCUGUCUUACCUACACGAACCAGGAGUUUUACACAAUCUGCGUGUUCGCUUCUCUGAGCGACAGAUCAUAUACACAUACUGCGGUAUCAUAUUGGUUGCCAUAAAUCCAUAUGCAGAACUGCCCUUAUAUGGACCGAAUAUUAUUCGAGCCUACCGAGGUCGUUCUAUGGGCGAACUGGAGCCACACAUAUUUGCUCUAGCCGAAGAGGCCUAUACAAGACUAGAGCGAGAGAAAUGUAAUCUAAGUAUUAUUGUAAGCGGAGAAUCCGGAGCUGGAAAAACAGUAUCAGCAAAAUAUGCUAUGCGCUAUUUUGCCGCAGUGGGCGGAUCGGAAUCGGAAACGCAAGUGGAGCGUAAAGUAUUGGCAUCAUCGCCCAUCAUGGAGGCUUUUGGAAAUGCAAAAACGACACGAAAUGAUAACAGCUCUCGUUUUGGAAAGUUUACGAAGUUGCUGUUUAAAAAUAAUAUGGGUGUUAUGAAUUUAACUGGGGCCACAAUGCACACCUAUCUACUGGAAAAAUCAAGAGUUGUGUUUCAGGCUUUGGGUGAGCGCAAUUAUCACAUUUUUUAUCAACUGUGUUCUGCUAGAAACGAAUAUCCAGAAUUGAUAUUGGAUCAUCAAGAUAAAUUUCAAUAUCUUAAUAUGGGACAAUCUCCAGAUAUAGACAAAAUUUCUGACAAAGAGCAAUUUAAGGAAACAAUACAAGCAAUGCAAAUAUUAGGCUUUGACAGUAGACAGAUAUCGGAUAUCCUCAAUAUUUUGGCUGGCAUUUUGCAUUUGGGCAAUGUUAAAAUUGGCAAUAAAUACAAAAAGAAUUCCGAGGAAAUAGAUUCUGAAGGGUGCGAAAUAUAUCAUGAUGAUAUAAAUUUGAGAAUUUUAGGCGAAUUGUUAAAGAUCAAUUCUGAUGAAUUGAGGAAAUGGCUAAAAAUGCGCCAAAUAGAAUCGGUUAACGAAUUGGUAUUGAUACCGAUUAAUAUACAAACAGCAGAAGCGGCCAGAGAUGCUCUAGCGAAACACAUCUACGCCAGACUGUUUCAAUACAUAGUCAGCGUUAUUAAUAAAGGCCUCAAUAAUGAUCGCAAGCAAUCUUAUUUCAUCGGUGUAUUGGAUAUUUAUGGGUUUGAGACGUUCGAAACUAAUUCCUUUGAGCAGUUUUGCAUUAAUUAUGCCAAUGAAAAGUUGCAACAGCAAUUCAAUCAACACGUUUUCAAAUUGGAGCAAGAAGAGUAUUUAAAGGAAGGCAUUACUUGGACCAUGAUCGAUUUCUAUGACAAUCAGCCUUGUAUAGACCUAAUAGAAUCAAAAUUAGGAGUCUUGGACUUAUUGGAUGAGGAAUGCAGGAUGCCAAAGGGAUCUGAUGAGAGUUGGGCUCGUAAGCUUGUUGAGAAAUGUACAAAGUUUCCCCACUUUGAGAAGCCACGUUUUGGUAACACAAGUUUUUUUGUAAAACACUUUUCUGAUACUGUGGAAUACGAUGUCUAUGGUUUUCUCGAGAAAAAUCGCGACACUGUGUCCAAAGAGUUGGCUAACGUUGUCCGCUCGUCAAAAAUGUCUCUGUGUAAGCAACUUAUGGAAAUGGAAGAGAUUGAUACCCUAAGUGCCGAUGCAGCAAAAACACACACACUAGGCGGUAGAGUCGUUAUCAGUGCAGCACGUAAACCGGUUACUCCUUCGAAGCAACAAAGACGUUCUGUGGGUUCUCAGUUUCGUGAUAGUUUGUCUUCGCUUAUUGCAACACUACACGCUACAACUCCCCAUUAUGUGCGCUGUAUUAAGCCUAACGAUGAUAAGAUUGCCUUCAAAUGGGAUGCACCAAAAAUCGUGCAACAACUUCGAGCUUGCGGUGUUUUGGAAACCGUUCGCAUUUCGGCUGCCGGAUUUCCAUCACGUUGGUCCUACAUGGAUUUCUAUAUGCGAUAUCAGUUGCUGUGCCAUCGUUCGUUGCUUAAUAAGAAUGAUCUAAAGCAGUCAUGCCGCAAUAUUGUAGUGAAAUGGAUAGCCGACGAGGAGAAAUAUCGUUUUGGUAAUUCGCAGAUAUUCUUUAGAGCUGGCCAAGUGGCUUACUUGGAGCAAAUAAGAGCCAAUUUGAGAAAAAAAUAUAUAACGAUAAUACAGAGUGUAAUUCGUCGAUUUAUCUGCCGUCAGAAGUAUUUGCGAUUGCGAAAGACUGCCUUGGGCAUUCAACGUUACGGACGCGGCUAUUUGGCUAGGUUGAAAGCUCAACAGCUGCGGGAAGCACGUGCUGCCUUAAUUAUAGGCAAAUAUGCAAAGGGUUGGUUAUGUCGCAGACGAUAUGUACGCUUGAGACGCUCUGUAUGUGGCAUACAACAAUAUGCUAGAGGCAUGUUGGCUCGUCGCAGAUUUCAAGAAGCCAUGGACCAUUACCGUGCCAUACAAAUUCAGCGCUUUGUUAGAGGAUAUUUGGCUCGCAGGGCAUAUCAUAAGCGUAGAAGGCAAAUUAUUAUUUGCCAAUCUGUUGUGCGUAGAUAUUUGGCCAAAAAACAGUUCAAAGCCCUUAAAGCCGAAGCAAAAACUAUCACCCAUAUACAGAACAUGUAUAAGGGAUUGGAAAAUAAAAUCAUAUCAAUGCAGGGUCGCAUCGAUAACUUGAAUAAGGAGAAUAACCACCUUAAACACAAGAAUAGUGAAAUUUCAGUCUUGAAAAUAAAAUUGGAGGCCAAAAAGAAUUUGGAAAAUGAGUUGAAAAUUUUGAAACUUACCACUUCGGAAAAGGACGAAAAAAUUGACAAUCUCAUGAAACAGCUGGAGUGUGAGAGGGACGAGAAAAUGUUGCUCUUGGAAGAAAAUGCACGUAAUCAAGAGGAAUGGUCUAAACAAAAGCAAAUUUGGUCCUCCGAAAACGAAGAAUUGCGCAAACAAUUGGAUGAGAUGCUUGAAAAAUCCAAACAAAUGGACCCCAGUACCCCACGCGAUCGUCUUACUAUGAACACUGACCAGGGAGAAAUUCAGGAGGCAUAUCGAAAACUACUAACGGAAAAAGAAAUUUUGGAAAACGAAAAUUAUCAAUUAAAAUUGGAUUUGAAACAAAUACAGAAACAGCCAGGUAUUAAUGGCGACUAUGUUUCCACAACUCUUCAUGUGAGAUCUAUAAGCAAUGCUUCAAGCCAUGCCGAAGAUGACGCUGGUUACAGUUCAACAAAGCAUAUGUUGGACCAACUAACCAAUCACUCGCUAAGCAUCAACGACAGUAGUCGCACUUCACCGGAAUCUUUUAGACGCAAUUUGGAACUGACUUCCACUCCAAAGAGUGAGAGUACAGUAAUACUCAUUAAACUUCGCAAUUUGCUGGAGGAGGAGAAAAAAUGCAAUAAAUCUCUCAAAAAUCAGUUGGACAAAGUAAUUGGUUUUCACCGGCCCACAGAAGAUUCUCUUCGAGUUUCGGAACUUGAAGUGGAAAAUGAGAAGCUUCGCCAUGACUAUGAGUUGCUACGUCAAAGUAUACGUAGUGGCACUGAAAUGCGUGAAUUGGAAGCUCAACACAAUGCUCUGCAAGAGGAACUUAAGCGGCGACGUGAAGAAUGCAUUCAACUGAAGUCAGUGCUCCAACAACAGUCACAGUCUUUGAAAUCCUUUGGCCAAGAAAGCCUAUCGUUAAGGAGUUCCGACAUGAACAGUUUACACGACAAUGAAUUAAUGGAUGCCUUCCAGGCUCAGAAGAUGGUCAAUAAGCAAUUGGAGUUGGAACUUAGAGCUUUGACCGAAGAAAACAAUGCCCAUUUUGCUGAACUUACUCGACAAAUUGACGAUUUGCGUGAGGAGAACACAAAACUGCAGGAAUUGUUGCAAAGCGGAAUAGACGAAACGCUUGACAUAACAGAUCCAGCUGAGUUGCAACAAAAGAAUCGUUACCUUCAACAUGAACUAAAGAAAACAAUGCUUCAGUAUUCUCAAGUACAAGAGGAAUUGAAUUCUUUCCUCAAGAAAUUUGAUUCAUUGAAACAUCGAAGUGACAAGAUGACGCUCAAAUUGCAAGAGCAGGGUAUAUCCGAGUUUGUGUCACCGACCAAAGACAACUACGCAACCGUGGCUGUUGGCAAUAAUUCUAUAAUAAAUGCCGAUGUCGUUGUGGGAAAACAAAAGGCUAAGAGUUACCAAGGUCUAGUCAAAUUUCGCUGUGAAGACCUGGACAAGAUUUUCCAACGUUUGGUUAACGAUAUGACCACGAGAGUAGCCAUUGGCUUAUUGCCAGGUUUCCCAGCCUACGUUUUGUUUAUGUGCAUUCGUUACACUGAUCUCAUUAAUGCCGAUGAUGAUGUAUGCACUUUACUAAGUAAAUUUGUGAAACACGUCAAGAAAACACAUCGCAAUGCUCACGUGACAGAAUAUCGAAUUCUGUGGCUCGUUAAUUCAAUAACCCUUUUAAACCUUCUCAAACAGUACGGGGAUGUUGAGGAGUAUGUCAAUUUUAAUACUGAAAAGCAAAACCAACAACUGCUAAAGAAUUUCAAUUUGUACGAGUAUCGUCGUGUCAUUUCGGAAAUUAUAUUGAAAUUAUACGAAGCAUUGGUUAAGCAAGUCGAGAGUCUGCUGGAACCGUAUAUAGUGCCAGCGAUUUUGGACAAUGAUGAAAUUCAAAGAGGUCGCCAACAAGGCGGUUUACGUGGGCGAAAUUUAUCUCUCGAUGGCAGCAACACGUCUCCCGAACAUGGCAAAAUGGCCGCUUGGAAGCAAUUGAUCAGCCAAUUGGAACAUUUCUAUAAACAAUUUACCCAUUUUGGCCUGGAUCGUUGCUAUUCCGAGCAACUUUUCACACAAAUUAUGUAUUUCAUAUGUGCCGUAGCCAUGAAUUGUUUGAUGCUGCGAGGCGAUGUUUGUAUGUGGGAGACGGGUAUGGUCAUACGCUAUAAUUUGGGUCACAUCGAGGAGUGGGUGCGAGACAAGAAAAUGUCGAAUGAUGUUUUGGUGCCCUUGGCUCCUCUCAAUCAAGUCUCACAACUGCUCCAAUCCCGCAAAAGUGAGAAUGAUGUCCAAAGUAUUUGCGAUUUAAGUACAAACCUAAACACAGCCCAAGUACUGAAGAUAAUGAAAUCCUAUAAACUUGAUGAUUACGAAAGUGAGAUUACCAACACCUUUAUUGAGAAGCUUACCGAAAAACUAAAUGAGCGUCAUAUGAUUAAAAACGACGAAUUUACUAUGGAUCAGAAACUCAUUUAUCCCUUUAAAGUGGUCUUCAAAUACAGUGACAUUAAAUUGGAAGAAAUUGAGAUUCCAAGACAUUUGGGUUUAGACGAUUUAUUACAGAAAAUUUAAACUCCUAUCUAGAAAACACUAUGCAACUUGAACAUUCCUAAAACCACCUAUUAGUUUUUUUAGUAUCUUGUGUUAGUUUUUAUAUGUAUAUUUUAUUUAAAAUGAAAGUAUAACUCUCCUUUGGCGUUCUUCUGUUCCAGUAUUUUAAAGUAUUCUCACCUGAAGUAGUGCUUCCAUAUAUAAAAUCAUGGAUUGAAUUGGUGUUUGUUAAUGUAAUAGGUCAUGUAUGUAAUGCAAAAUUGAGUGUAACUCAAGUAAAGAAUUGCAGGGAGAGAUGAUGGAAAAGCAGACUAAAUGAAAAAUUGCCUUAAUGCCCUUUGAAAGGUUUAAAUAUAAUAUUGGUAUACCUGAUCUGAAUAUGAAAUAUUUCGAAAAAUAUUUAGAACAAUUAUUAACCCCAUAGUUGAAUAUUUUUAAUCCAAACAUUCCGACAUACAUAAUUCCUAGUUAGACUUGCCCAUAUAAUUUUUGUAUCUUUACAUUUUUUCUUUUUGCUAUGUUCAAUGCCAAUAUGCAUUUCAAUAAUUUGUUA